AUGAGAAUCGCAGCAUUAAGAGGCACGAGGCCCUUGUUCAGGGCGCCUGUGAUACGCACGAUUCCGUAUACACAAACGAAGUGGAUACGACCACUCCAUUCGACCACUCCUGCCUUCCACGGACAUAUCAAAAAGCCGAACCCCGGAGAAGAACUGCACAUCACUUUCAUCACCAAAGACGGAUCACAGAAGACAUUUGAGGUUGCCGAGGGCGACUCGAUCCUCGAUAUCGCCCAGGCGAACCAUAUUGAUAUGGAAGGUGCCUGUGGAGGCUCGUGCGCCUGCUCAACGUGCCAUAUUAUAGUCGAUCCUGAUUAUUAUGAUUUAAUCCCCGAACCAGAUGACGACGAGAACGAUAUGCUCGAUCUGGCCUUCGGACUAACCGAAACGAGUCGUUUGGGGUGCCAGGUACAUAUGACCAAGGAGUUGGAUGGCAUCCGCGUGGCUUUGCCCGCAAUGACAAGAAACUUGCAAGUUGGCGAUUUCAAAUGA